CACUAAGGAAGCAAUAUCAAAGGCAACUGGAAGUUAUACCUUAGAUUCAAAAGAGACCGAACAAGAUUCAUCCUAAUAAGCAGACUAUUGACAACAAAUGAAAGAAGAGUGAAAAUAUUAAGAAGAUACAAUAUUCAUGAACUAGGAUUUAUCUAGAGUUAGAAAGUGACAUAUUACCCGUUCAGAAUAUGAAGAAACUGCUACUGUUUCGAGACUCUAGAUAAAAUUGAGAACAUACAAAAAGGAACAAAUAAAGUAGUAAAUGGAGAACGGCAAAGAAACAAAAUCCAAAAGGAAGAAGCAAAAAUCCUGACGGCAAUACGAUGGAGACCUUUAUAUCCUUGAAGAAAUGCCUGGAAGGUCUCUGCCAAAAUUAUUUAAUCGUCUGUUUUGAAUGGUGACAAAAUAUUUGAGUGCAUGGUUUAAGAAGAAAGGAGACAUGUAGAGUUGUAGCGACUGUGAAAGCAUAAAAUUAAUAAGUCACACUAUAAAAAUACUGGAAAGGGCGGUAGGAGCAAGAAUGUGCAGAGAAAGACCAAAACCUGUGUUUCCAUGCAUCUGUGUUUCCAUGCAUCCUACCACCUUUCAUCAAGGAGAGAAACAUGUGUUUUCAAAGGGCAACUAAGAUAGCAGACAAUUAGGUUAAAUGAUAUAAGAUAUAUAUAAGAAAGUAGAAGAAAAGUUAACUAUGGAGUGGCAAUUGUAAUGUUCUAAACGAGGCUGUUUAAUUAUGAGGUUAUUAUGAUGUAACACCGAAGUGACAGGAGCACGUUUUAUACGAGUGUUACUCUCUGUAUAAUUGAGGACUCUUCAUAUGGCGACGAGAAUGGAAAGUGUUUAUAAACAUCAAGCACAAGUUGGCUCUUCUGCAGUGACAGAGUCAUGAAUGCAGCAAGCAGGAAAGUGACUUAAUUUUGCUUUUCAUUUUGAGUUAGGCCUGACGUCUGCCCGCACGAGGCUUAUACCGCAUAGACAAGGUGUAUUUUGCGGACCACGGCACUAGUGCCUACAAAGUUUUUGGUAUAUUCUACGGACCACACCCAAACGCCGUAAUAUACCACUAUUCUGUUUUUUUUAUUUGUUAUAAAUUUCUUUUUUCAUAAAAAAAAAUUUCUUACAAGCAUGGCCUCUGCACUAGUGGGUCUUAAAGCGUGCGUAACGGAGUUUAAUCCAGAUGUGCAACAAGAUGCUGGUAGCAAUCAAGAACGCCGAUGGAAACUCUGGUUAGAAAACCUAGAACUGGUGAUGGAUUUUGAGGGCAUCACUGACGCUGCAGAGGGGCCUUCAAAGAGAAGAGCUGCAUUGCUUGCUGUUGGUGGCUCUGAAUUACGGGAGCUUUUUGCAACAUUGACAGUUGCGGAUGCAAAAUAUUCAACCGCCACAGCUGCUCUCACUGCACAUUUCACUGCGAAAAAAAAUUUAGCUGCGGAGCGCUACAAAUUUUUCUGCACCAAGCCCACCUCCCCAGAGGAAUCUCAUGAUCACUGGGCGACUCGCUUAAGGAUCAAAGGUGCUGAUUGUGAAUUUAAUGAGAUGGAUUUAAAUUCUGCAAUCACACUGGUGAUGACACUGCACACUCACUCCGAAAAAUUACAAAGGGAGAUAAUUGCUCAAGAUAUGGACUUAAAGAAGGUCCUAGCUACUGCUCGCUCUAUUGAGCUUACCAAUAGAGAAAUUGCCUUCAUGAAGCAACACAAUAUGGAGGCUACAGCCACACCAACACCUGUCUAUGCUGUACAAGGAAAGCACCCUAAGGCAGAACAUCUAUACAAGUCUAAAGGGAAAACCAUUGAGAUCUGCCGCUAUUGUGGAGAGCGAACACCACACAAAGGGAAAUGCAAGGCCAUGGGUGCAACCUGUAAGAGCUGCAAUAAGAAAAAUCAUUUUGCUAGUGUUUGUGAGUCAAGAAAAUCAACAAAGCCAGUCAAAACGGUUGACACAGAAGAAAAAUUUGAUGAAAAUCCAGAGCAAGACAGUUAUAUCUACAACAAUUUUGUGGAAGGACCAACUGUUCUCAAGCUGGAUGCAGUCACUACACCAGUUCAUGCUAUCCAGAGCAAGAAACGAUAUCCGGAUACCAUGGUGCAGGUGAAGUUUGAUGGGGGCACAAAAUUGAGAAUGCAAAUUGAUACAGGUGCAGAUGCAAAUAUCAUUGAUGAAAGCCUCUACCACCAGCUGCACCCUAAACCAAAACUUAGAAGAACACAAGUCAAGCUCAAGCCAUACAACUCUCCACCCAUUCCGGUAAAAGGAUCCUUCCAGACACAGCUAACAGCCAAUGGAAAGCAGGCCAUUGCAACCGUGUAUGUUGUUCCAGGAUCAGGACAAAAACCUCUCAUUGGAAAGUACACUGCUUUUGAUCUGAGUCUGCUUAGCAUCACUGUGAAAGAGUUAACCGCAGACAUGCAAGACAUGCACCAUGUGCUGCAGGAAAGAAAACAGGGAAACAAGAGUGCCAAGGCCACCACUCACGUCACGCAACACAUGUCAUAUUCAGCUAUGGCAGAGCAUCUCACCUCUAAAAAGUCUUCCGAACAGCGGCUGGACAAUAUCUACAAACAUAAGCAAGAUGCAACAGACAGAGUUAAGGCCAUCGUUGAUCAGUACCCUGGGGUGUUUGAAGGUAUUGGCAAACAUCGAUACAGAGUUGUGAAGUUGUCCGUGGACAAGUCAGUACCUCCAAAAAUUCAACCACAGCGCCGAAUACCAUUUGCAAAGAGGGAGCAAUUUGAAGCCAUUCUCAAAGAAUUGGAAGAUGCAGACAUCAUCGAGCCAGUGUAUGGACCAACAGAGUGGGUUUCAAAUGUCGUGUUGACACCAAAAGCUGAUCCAUCCCAGUUGCGAAUGAGCCUUGAUAUGACCACAGCUAACACUGCCAUCCGGCGCACACGUCAUGUCAUCCCCACAUUGGAAGAACUGCGAUACAAGUUAAAUGGAGCCAAGCAUUUCACAAAACUAGACAUGCGUCAAGGCUACAUGCAGUUCGAGCUGAGCCCAGAAAGCAGAUACAUGACAACGUUCUACACCCAUCAAGGCCUGAGGCGUUUCAAAAGGUUAAAUUUUGGCACCAAUUCAGCUGCUGAGAUUUUCAAUGAGGAAAUUCGUCAAACGCUGGUGGAUAUUGAACAUGUUGAAAACAUCUAUGAUGACAUUAUCGUGUUUGGAAAAUCUCAGAAAGAACAUGAUCGAGCACUUAUGCAAGUAUUACAGCGCCUUGAGGACUGCGGUCUAACACUUGGCAUGUCAAAGUGCAGUUUUAACCAACCAGAAAUCAAGUUUUUUGGCAUGACUUUCUCAUCAGCAGGAAUGUCACCAUCACCUGACAAAGUACAGGCUCUACAUGAUGCCCAACCACCCGCAUCUGCAGCUGAAGUUCGAUCCUUCUUGGGAAUGGCUAAUUUCAGUGCUCAUUUUAUUCGCAACUACUCUGCUCUUACAACCCCGUUGCGGUUGCUCACUAGAAAGAAUGUUACUUUCAACUGGACCAAUGAUUGUCAAAAGGCUUUUCAGUCAAUUAAAGAGGCCCUCUCACAAGACACCACAAUGGCAUACUUUGACCCAACACGAGAAACAAAGCUCAUUGUAGAUGGCUCCAAAUAUGGCCUUUCUAGCAUCUUGACACAACUUGAGCCCCAAACACAACAAUACAAAGUAAUCAGAUACGACAGCAGAGCGACAACAGACACUGAGAGUCGCUACUCACAAAUUGAAAUUGAGAGUGCUGCACUAGCAUUCGCCAUGCAGAGAAACCAUAUCUAUCUACAUGGCCUUCAAAAUUUCAUUGCAAGCACAGAUCACAAGCCUUUGUUACCCUUGUACAACCAGUACAAGGCAGAACUUCCGGCACGAAUCCUGCGGGACAAGUUGAAGCUGCAAGAUUAUAGCUACACACUAAUUCACGAGCCGGGGAAGACAAAUCCAGCUGAUUACCUUUCCCGGCAUCCAGUUGUCUUAGCUGAUGUGUGUACCGUAACAAAGAAAUCCAUAGAAGAGGAUAUGCUAUACAUUGAUGCAGUUGUCCGAGCCAACCUUCCCAAAGCUGUAACAAAAGAACACAUGUUAAAAGCUACACUAGAGGAUGAAACAUUGACAGUUCUCAAAGAAAUGAUCUCACAGGGAUACAUCAGCAAAGAACAGAAAAGGAAAUUGGCUUCAUAUACACAUAUAUUUCCAGAGCUAUCAGUAGUGGAUGGCCUAGUGCUCAGAGGUUGCAGAAUUGUUGUUCCUGCCAGCCUUUGGCAGUCUGUGACAACCCUUGCUCAUGAGGGACAUCAAGGGGUUGUGAGAACAAAGCAAUACUUACGCAUGCAUUUGUGGUUUCCGGGAUUAGAUAAGAGGGUUGAAACAGAAAUUGCACAAUGCAUGGCAUGCCAGGCAAAUACAGAUAUUUAUCAGCAAGAGCCACUCAAGCCAACAGAACUACCCACAGAACCAUGGUCUAAACUUGCAACAGACCUAUAUGGUCCAUUAGACACUGGUGAAUACCUGCUGGUUGUACAAUGCCUGUACUCCAGAUUUCCUAUGGUCGAAAUCGUGCGUUCAACUUCUGGUACAGCAGUCAUACCAGCAAUGGACAAAAUUCUCUCAACAUUAGGAAUCCCAGAUGAAAUAGCAAGUGACAAUGGGCCACCAUAUAGCAGUGAGGAAUUCAAAUCGUAUGCAAGAUACAUGGGUUUUGAGCACAAAAAGAAAAUACCAUAUGCACCAUGGGCGAAUGGCAUGGCCGAAAAUUUUAUGAAAAACCUAGGAAAAAUCAUUCGCUCCUCCACGGAAGAGCGUCUAAACUGGAGACAGGAAUUACAGAAAUACCUGAGGGCCUACAGAGCUACUCCACACACAAUGACAAAGCAUUCUCCAGCCAGUCUCCUUUUCAAUGGACGAAGGUAUAAGACGCGUCUUCCAACACCUACCAGUAAGAAAAUAUUGCUUUAUGACAGAGAGGUGCGUACAAAGGACGCUAGGAGCAAAGAAACAAUGAAGCAGAACGCAGACAGCAAGAGUUAUGUAAAAGAACUAGAUAUUAAAGUAGGGGACACAGUUCUGUGUCGACAAGCGAAGCUCAACAAGAAAACCACACCUUUCAACAACGAGCCGAUGAUUGUUGUGAAGAGGAAAGGCAGUUUAGUUACAGCCAGAAAUGCCACAAGAACCAUCACAAGACAUAUUACAUUUUUCAAGAAGCUACAAAGGCUGGAUGAGAACAAGUCAAGGUGCGAAGGAGAUUAUACCACACAGCCACUUUCACCUGACACUGAUGAAAGAGAAGAAAAUGUCAUUCCACCAAAUGAAGUGCCAAUAGAGAGACCGGUGAGAAUAAGACAACCUCCUGCUAGAUACAGAGAUGAAAACUUUCAGACUGAGUUUUAAUCCAACA